AUGGAUGGAAGAAAUGAUGUUGCGAUAGCUGCUGCUUUGGAAGCGCCCCCUCAGGCUAUGCAGAACCAACCGAAUGCUGACGAGAAUGCUCGAUCUCGUAGUUUGGCGACUUUACAAAGGGAGAGUCUGUCGGUGUUCAAGGGUACGCAUGACCCUGAUGGUGCUCUUGAUUGGUUGAAGGAGCUCGAGCAAAUCUUUUGUGUUAUGGAUUGUACUCCUACACAAAAGCUUAGAUAUGACACUCAUAUGCUGGCUAAGGAAGCUGAUGAUUGGUGGUUGGAGACGUUUGCUAGGUUGGAGAUUUCAGGUGAUGAAAUCACUUGGAAUGUGUUCCGUAGGGAAUUUAUGAGAAAGUACUAUCCUGAAGAUGUUCGGGGUAAGAAAGAGAUAGAAUUCAUAGAGUUGACGCAAGGGAACAAGUCCGUUACUGAGUAUGCUGCCAAGUUCACUGAAUUGGCUAAGUUCUAUCCUCUUUUUGAUGGCGAAGGUGCUGAAUUCUCUAAGUGCAUCAAGUUCCAGAACGGGUUGCGCUCGAAAAUCAAGAAAGUUGUUGGGUACCAAAAGAUCCGUGUGUUUUGUGACUUGGUUGACAGUUGUAGGAUCUUUGAGGAAGAUAGUAACGCUCAUCACAAGAUGGUUAAUGAGAAGAGAUGCAAGAAUCAACAAGGCCGUGGGAAACCAUAUGAUGCUGGUAAAGGGAAACAAAGAGUUGCUCAUGGUCUUAAGACUAGUGGGGGAGAUGCUCCUGCUAGGAUUGUAUGUUUCAAGUGUGGGCAAGCUGGUCAUAAGAGUUAUGCUUGUAUUGCUGAUGGGAAGAGGUGUUUCCGAUGUGGCGAAUUUGGACACGCAAUUUCUGAUUCUAGUGAAGACCGACUCAUUAGAGGUAUAUGCUUUAUUAAUAGUACUCAUUUAAUCACUAUUAUUGAUACUGGUGCUACUCAUUGUUUUAUUGCUACUGAUUGUGUUGAAAUAUUGGGUAUUGUGUUGUCUUCUAUGAAUAGAGAGAUGGUUGUCGAUCUUCCGGCUAAGGGAUCGAUGGCUACUUUUCUUGUAUGUUUGAAUUGCCCUUUGUCGAUCUUCGACAAAGACUUUGCUGUUGACUUGAUUUGUUUUCCGUUGAGCGGAUUAGAUGUGAUCUUGGGUAUGAAUUUGUUAGAGUAUAACUAUGUUCAUAUCAACUGUUUUAACAAGUCCUUGAGGUUUUCUUCUCCCGAGGAAGAAGGAGUUGGUUUGUUAACUGGUAAGCAAUUGAGGCAAUUGAUGCAAGACGAAGCACAAAUGUUCUCGUUGAUGGCGUCAUUGUCUUUUGAGAAUCAAGUUAGAAUUGAUUAG